AUACCAACCUCCCUGUUGGUCAACCCCUCCCGCACAAAAAUCGCGUAGAAUGUGCGGCCUUUUCCACUGAUGGAAAGCUGCUAGUCACUGGUUGCUGGGACCGAGAUGCAUAUGUGUGGGACACUCAUGCAAUACUUGAAGAAGUGGGCCUUCAAAACCUCUUGUCCCUUCCUGAUGAAUUGCGAGGUGGACUCGAAAAGAAGGUUUAUAGUGUCACAUUACUCUUUGCAGAAUGGCAAAGACAACGCUAAUAACCUACUCGCAGGUCGCAGUCGGAAAGUCGUUGAUAAAUUCUAAUGUUGGGCGACGUCCAGACCAGAUCAAGGACGCUCAUAGGCUACCGCGAGGCUUCUUUGAUGACGCGCGAGACGGUGUUCAGUCCUCGGCGACGCGUGGUACCCAUACUCAUUUCUCUGCUCACCGCACUCUCACACCUUCGGGGAGUCCACGUGCGCUCCUUGAUCGCAUUUCGUUGCCCUUCGGUCGCUCUCAGCCAAGCGAAAUCGAAAUCGAAAUGCAGCAGCACCCAAAGCCAUCUGCCACCUCUCGUGGUGAUCCCUCUACCAUUGAAGUUGCUAAUGUACCGGACGAACAGGCAUCUUUAGUUCCGCAGCCGGAACGACAUCGAGACAAGGCAAAACAAACACAACAGCAAGACCGAUCUCAAGGCCAAGCCUUGGCAUUGCCAUCACACUCUAGGUCUGCAGCCACCUCGCGACCUCCUGCUUAUACUGCUAGUCCUACCACGCUAGGUGCAGCAGGCACACGCUCGCAAACUGCUUUGGUCAUCAGGAAGCCCACACGGUGGACUCGUUUCUUGUUGCGUGUUUGUUGUGUAGCUGCUGAACCCGCUGAUGGUUAUUAAUACAUUCGUACUAUUGUAAUGUCGUUGUAGAUUUCUUACACUAGCGCAUCAAUACCAUCCAAUUAAUGAGAUACCUCCUCGUUCUCUAAGUAUUUCCAUGACU